GCUGCGAGGUAAAUAGAAGCCAGAUCGCAAAAUGGCGGAGCUGCCGAGUCCCGUGCGAGGGGCGACGGUGGCGCCGCCGCCGCCGCCGCCUUCGGGUCUAGCAGCGGACGCCCGGGUUUCCCCGCGCGGGUUCCAGCCGGCCACCAAGCGCCUCAAGGGGGACGAGCGAGGCUUCAAGGGUGCCAAGCGACUCAACGGCGAGGGCGGUGGCAAUAGGCAGCCGCCGCAGCCGCCGCCACACAUACCAGUGGCGUCAGCCCCGGGAGGUCCCGGCGGCCCCGCUGUAUGGAGCCUCGCCGCGUUUUCUUCAGGCGGCGGCGCUCAGCCGACGAGCGGCGGGUCUUUCGUCUUCCCGCCUCAGUUGCCCCCCAAGUUGCUCCUGCCGCCGCAGCCGCCGCCCGCUCCGCCCUCGCACCUCUGCUUGACCGCCGGCGGCGUGGAGGGGAGCGGCGGCGCGAAGAGCAAGAGGCCCAAGGAGAAGCGCGAGAAGGAGAAGCGGAAAGUUCGGGCCCUGCCCGUGACAGUGGCCGUGCCGGCGGCGGCCCCGGGACCUGGCGGCGUUGGCCGGGAGGAGAACGGCGACCUGAAGAUAUUACUCCAGCAGCAGCAGCAACACCAUCACCACCACCAUCACCACCAAGAAGAUGAAAUCAUCAGAGAGAAAACCACAGAACGAGACAAGGAAAAACAGAAAGAAAAGAAGAAGCACAGAUUAAUGUCUGAAAUAAAAAAAGAGAAUGGAGAAAUGAAAUUAUUUCAGAAAGAUGUAAAAGAAAAACCAAAAAGCAGUGCAGAUGAUCUACAGAUUAAAAAAGUAAAGAAGAAAAAGAAAAAGAAACAUAAAGAGUGUGAAAAACGGAAGCGUCCAAAAAUGUAUAGUAAAUCUAUUCAAACCAUCUGCUCAGGAUUGCUUUCUGAUUUUGAGGAUCAAGACGCCAAAGGCAUUGUUGAUAAUCAUCUUAAAUAUUUCAGUGAGAAAAAUAAGAAUCCCAAGAAGGACUCUGAGUACAAGAUACCAGAGAACAGUGAGUUUCCAUUUGUCUCGUUAAAGGAGCCACGGGUGCAAAAUAAACUCAAAAGGUUGGACAUGUUGGAGUUCAAACAGUUCAUUCAUGUUGAGCACCAGCCUAACGGAGGUGCCUCAGUUAUACAUGCCUACACUAAUGAACUCUCCCACUUAUCUCCUGUGGAGAUGGAGAGAUUUGCAGAAGAAUUUGUGGGUUUGGUUUUUAGUGAAAAGGAAAACUGUGCAGCUUACUAUGUAAUGGGAAUUGUUCAUGGGGCAGCUACUUACUUACCUGACUUUUUAGACUACUUUUCAUUUAAUUUUCCCAAUUCACCAGUGAAAAUGGAGAUUUUGGGAAAGAAAGAUAUAGAGACUACGACUAUGUCCAAUUUUCAUACUCAGGUAAAAAGAACAUAUUCCCAUGGUACAUACAGAGCUGGCCCAAUGAGACAAAUCAGCUUGGUUGGAGCAGUAGAUGAGGAAGUGGGGGAUUAUUUUCCAGAGUUCCUUGAUAUGCUGGAAGAUUCACCUUUCUUAAAAUGUACUUUACCAUGGGGGACUCUUUCUAGUCUGAAACUAGAAAGUCGAAAAGAUAGUGAUGAUGGUCCCAUCAUGUGGGUACGUCCAGGAGAACAGAUGAUUCCUGUGGCAGAUAUGCCAAAGUCGCCUUUCAAAAGGAAAAGAACUACCAAUGAAAUUAAAAACCUGCAGUACCUACCUCGUACUAGUGAGCCUCGUGAAAUGCUUUUUGAAGACAGGACGCGGGCACACGCAGAUCACAUAGGCCAAGGCUUUGAACGACAAACUACAGCUGCAGUAGGAGUACUAAAGGCAGUGCAUUGCGGAGAAUGGGUUGAACAGCCUCGUAUAACCAAAGACGUAAUUUGUUUUCACGCGGAUGAUUUCUUAGAGGUAGUUCAACGACUGCAGUUGGAUUUGCAUGAACCUCCGCUUUCACAGUGUGUCCAGUGGGUCGAUGAUGCAAAACUUAACCAAUUACGAAGGGAAGGCAUUCGAUAUGCCAGAAUUCAGUUGUAUGAUAAUGAUAUUUAUUUUAUUCCAAGGAAUGUUAUACAUCAAUUUAAGACAGUUUCAGCUGUGUGUAGUUUGGCAUGGCACGUUCGGCUCAAACUCUACCACUCAGAGGGAGAAAACCAAACCAUCUAUGAAAAGGAUCCCCCAACCGAUCACACAUCUUCUGUCACGGGACUUCAGACAGAUAGCGUCACCCAUCCAGGGGGCGUAAAUGCCUCCGAAGACGUCAAAAUUUUAAGUACCCUUCAGACUAAGUAUGUGAAACAGGAGGUUUCACACACGCAACAUGGACCUGCUUUAUCUCUCCAGAAUGAAGAGGGGCCAGUUGCAGUUAACCUUCCUGAAAAGAUGGUCGCCUCCAGUGCUGUGGAAUGUCAGAGAGUCAAAGCAAGGCUGGAUCAUGCUCAGUUGACAGGGUCGAGGCUUGAAACUGACUCUGAAAUUGAGCUUGGUGACAAAUAUGUACAGGACAGUUUGUGCCCAGGUGGCCGUGUGAAUCUGGAAGAUACAAGACAAAGUAGUCCGGCUUAUCCACGUCUGCGUGGCAAACAGGAAGAUGACUUUUUGUGUUAAGUGUGUGUGUGUGUGUGCGCGCGCGUAUAUAUGUUUUUAAAGUACUUUUAAAAUAUAAUGACAUAAUGUAAAGAGGCUUACAUUCUGUGAGGCAGGUUUUUUACUUGCCCUUGCAGCUGUUACAGAAAAUAGUUUAUGUAGCUUUGUAACAUUCCUCAGUGCCUGUCCAUAACUGUAAACGUUUUAAAGCACUUAGGGCCAGAUGCACUGUAAACACUGCAGGUAUAACAUAAAAGUCUUUAAAUAUGAGUUGUAGGUUUUAGAAUAGAGCUGACAUUUAACAUAUAUUUUUUGUAAGAUAAGCCAGAAUUCUUUUUGACAAUUCCAGGCUUUUCCAUAGAGCUUAUUUAUACCAUAUUUUUUUUUUCAUUUUAAUGUGUCAGCACUGUAGUGUAAAUAGCUUUUUUAAAAAAACAAAACAAAACAAAAACUUUUUAGCGUGAUUUAUAUUAAAAUGUGAGCCGCUUAAUAAAGGUUCAUAAUAAUUUUUAUUUUGAAAAAUCUCAGUCCUGGUAAAAAGGGAAAUAUUCUUAUAUUAAAAAUGCAUAGAUGUAUUAAGUUAGAUAUGAUUUGUGGUUGAAUUUUCACAAAACCUUAUUUGGAGAAGAAUUUGAACAUUUGUAGCAAAGUUCUUCUAGAGCUAUUCUACUGCCUGGCUAGAGAUAGGAAGGUCCUUUCCCUUUUGGUCAGAUGCUAUAUACCGGAACUAAUGGGCAACCUUCCUCCCUUUCCCCAUUUUAUUAAAGUUACACUUUAGCAAGGAUUGAGCAUUUUAGCACUCUAAGAAGCAAAUGACUAAAGCAGAGUCUCAAUGAAUGGCAAAUCAUAAAUAAAUACAAACAGUGGAAUGCAGGUUAAAAAACAACACUACUACAGUUUGCCAGUUAUUUGAACAAAAUAAAUAAUUAGACAGUGCUGAUCCACUAAACUCUUCCUUUCCUGUCCUUUGGCUGGGCAGUAAUUCCGCAACAUCAACUAGCAGAUAACUAGAGAGUUUUACAGUACAUUUAAGAAAGGAAAGAAGAAAAGAGCAAUGCGAUUACAACCAAGAAUAUAGCACCAGAUCAAUAUGAAUUUCCCUCAUGCUUCUGUCUAAAUAAUGUUAGGAAUAUGCUUAGUCUAAUUCCCUCUGUACUUAAAACACAAGCCUUCCUUCUGUAACAGAAAACAGGAACAGCUGCCUUUUUCUGACCUCUCUCUUAUGGCACAAACUCACAGUAUUCCCAGCUGGGAGUAAAACACGAAACCCCUGGACAUUAAAAGAUCAACACAUCCCUGCUGUUCUAUCCCAAGUCUUCAGCUUCCCAACACACACUGUGACUACCCUUCACAGCAGUUCUGGCCCCAGUAUGUGGUUAAACAUUCAGUUAACUUCUCCCUGUCAUAUCGCUGAGUUACUUUGCUUGCAGUGCUGUAACUGUGAUAAGUUUAGAGAUAAGCAGAUCAUUAUACUUCAUUUGAAAGCAAGAUUGUUUUAAAAUUACAUUUAAUAUGUGGGCCUGCAUCCAGUUUGUGACAAAACACUGAAACCAGUGACAUAAAGUGGUUGAGAAUCAGCACGUCUUGCUCUUUUCAAUGGGACUUAGGCAUCUAUAACUUAAAAUUGAUCCGAGGUAGGGAAUAUACGCUGCCUUGCUGCAUCCUCCCUUGUUUCUCUACAAAAGAGAAACAGAUACAAUGAAAAUAUCAGUUGGAAUGCCUUGCUAUACUGUGUAAGUAUAUGUGGAGCCACAUGUUGUAGGUUCUGAGAUUUACUUCGUGAUCUUAAAACUCAAAAUUGAAGGAAAAAGCAGAUGCGCAGAGAUUGGAUAUAAGGAUGGAGAAUAACUCAUCUGUUCUAACUGGACCUUUGGUAGAAUAGUCAUGUUUGAUUUUAGCCCCUUUUACUUUAAACUCUGUGGGUAUUUUGAAACUUUAAUUUAUAGUCUUGAAGAAGAAAAGCACAGCCAGAAAAGAAUGCCCUUGGACCUUUAAAGCGAUGACAUAUAAAACCAGAUUCAAUAAUUGCCAUGCAUUUUAAGCAUUGAUGGUUAUUACUAGAAGACUUUUAUUAUGAAUGCAGGAGUCGACAUCCUGUUUUCUGUACAAAGUUUGGUUAUAGCCCUUUCAAACUGCUGCUGUCAGCAAACUCCAUUUUUGUGUUUUUUGUACACAGAUUGAUUAAUAUGUCUUAACAAUGUCAGGCAGUUUCUUUAAUUUUUAAGAAGCUGCUUUUGUGUUUUCCCUUUAAGGUUUAUGCGGUGUACUAAAAAUGGUAUGAAAUGCUGAAGCCUCCUUUUGUUUAAAUCAAUUUUUCAUCUGAAACUAAGCUCUCAUUGGAUGGUGUCAUUUCUGUCUUUUGUAGGGCUAUUAUAUCUGACAUAUAAAAACCUGGAUGGCCUCUAGAAGGCAGCAAUAUGUUAGUUUUUUCUGUAUCUUUCUGCUGUCAUCUAGUGAUUAUCUAAAUCUUUGUAGCCCAGAUAUAUUGGCUUUAAUCUUUCGUUUUUCCUCCAGAAUUGUGUCCUUCCUAGUUUCCUUCCAGUUAUCUGUUUUGAAUGGUGCAACAACAGAUAAAUGCUACUUUUUAUGAUAAGUGCUCUGAGCUUUUUGAUACUCUCCACCUCGCUCUAGAUUUUAGGAGGAAACUACUUUCAAUCUCUACAUGUUAAUCUUUCCCAACUAGGAUUUGAACUGUUGGCAUUAUGUUUUGUUAUGACAUCCUAUCCUCCAUUUUAACGUAUCAUACAGGAGGCAAAGAAGAGCUUCAGCAAUUGUAAUAAUUAGGAAUUGGAUUGAAGAGAUUGGUGCUUAAGCAUUUUGGGGGGGGGUGGAAUUUGAGACACGGCUGUAAUAUUCCAUGAUCAGUAAAUUAUGGGAAAAUAUGGUUUAGCAUUUCUGAAAAAUGAAGGAUUCACAAACAUUUG